AUCAGCAAUGUUAGUUUGACACUCAUACCAGCAAGAAGAGUACCGUAGAUAACAUAAUCACCAAGUUACCAGCUUUAACUUUUACGAAACUAGAAAUUAUUACCAGUCGGCUUUGAAAUAGUUCAUCGAACAGGGAGACGCAGAAGAGCUGCAUACUUUCUUGCGAAAGCUGCAAGCUAUAGCGGUUGCCAUUAUUGUUGACAGUAAAAAAAGCUUUUAAGAAAAAUAGGACGAACAAUUUUUGGGAAAAUAAAGCUAUUGUCUGCGAGAAACGUACUUUGAAUGUAGCACGUGAUCGCGGUGUGUCGAGCGUCCAGCAGCCAUUUCGUGUGUGACGAGCGGACACUUGCAAGUGGUGAAUUAGUGAAAAAGUGACAUACUUACUAAACUUUAAGUAGUUUGCUUGAAAAAUAAAAUUUUCUCAUUAAACAAAGGAAAGUACUCUUCAGCGUAAGCGACGUACAACAGCAACGUAACAACGUAACAAACGUCACGGAAAAUUUCAAGUAGUUGGCGUGACGUCAUCUAAGGAAAUUACAUCAAUGUCUACCAACGGGGAAGCGUUUUCCUAGCAUUAGGAAUAUAAAUCAUCAGUUAUAAUAAAUCGCAGUUGUGUUUACUCUGUACUAAAGUUGUAGUAUUUCCACCACAACGCACGUACAGUAUUUCCGUAUCGAUCAUCGUGAUUGAUCGUUGAUCGUCGCGUCCGUGCGAAGCUUUAGUUAACAUUAUAACCGAGUGGGGCAGCACCGUCUUCCGAAAAGGGAGUAUAGCCUAUAAUACGACAGCGCGCAAGAAAGACAAUCCUUUUAAAACAAUUGGGAACACGUGUUAUGAAUUGUUUGACUCGUACCAGCCUAGUGAUGUUUUCCAUAGAAUACAGCAAGCAAUUCUUGAGCUACCGUAUACUCAAGUCCAACCGGUUCAAGUACAUCUGACGAUACGGACUCGGACUAAGUGUUAAAUAAGUACGCAAAGUGUGUCAGCCGGCUAGGCUUCAGUUGCAGUGUGCUCUGAAAUUAUCAUUCAACGUUCAAUCAACGAUUCAAUCAUUUAAGCAAUCAAGCUGGAGUGUUCUGUAUUAUAACUGAACUAUUGAAACGUACGCGGCAAGGCCUGGAACGUCUUGCUGUGGUCAAAUUGAGCGUUGGAAGUAGCUAGCACAAUUAACGCUAUUUGAUCGCUAAAGAAUCCAACCCCGAAAGUCGUUAGUUAGACGAAGAUUUCGGUGGCGAUGUGCCCUAGCAACAUCAGUCGCGAUCAUUGCUAAACUUCGGACUGACUCCAUCAUGCAUACUGCAAACUUCUAAAGAAAAUACUAGAAGCGUACUUAUAUAGAAAUAUAUAAAGCGACGAAUGAAGGCGUAAUAUCAAUUUGUUUUUUUUAAUUCUCAAUAAUGCUUUUAUACGAAAUAUUCAUAAAACGUUCCUAAAAAAGAGGGCAUUCGUUUUCUAUCAGCCGUUUUUUCGAUUGCGGUUCCAUAUUCUCCUUCAUAUCAUAGAAAGAGUCCACGACUAUAAUUUCUUAGAUAAAAAUACCAGACAUAUUCGGUAUAAAUUCCUAUUGAUGUAAAAAAAAAGAAUCGGUUAGAAGGUAUUCAACGUAAAUUUCGUCUAAUUUGAAAUCGAUAUAAUCAAAUUAUAAGAUAAGUGUCGUCGAAAAAGAUUUCCAAUAUUAAACACCAAGGUGGGAUUAGAUAUAUAAUACAUAAAUCUGCAAUUUUUGGCCAUCGUUUGAUAAAUUUCGAAAAAAAAGUUUGCCCGUCAAACGCACGAAAAUGAUUGUUUAUGUUCCGGGCAGAAUGCCAACCCACGUUGGUCCGUACGGUGCGGCACGUUAUCCCGGCACCUUGCUGGGAACGGUACCGGGUUAUUACAGCCCGGUUUCCGGUUACUCGACAAGUCCAAAUUCCACCUACUACACGAGCGGUGUACAACAACCGCCGGCCCUGGAGCUUCCGGUGUGGCCUUGCAGAAUGCCAGCCGAAGAAGAGCUUGGAUCUUCCCCUGGUGGUGCACUAAUGACCCUAGGGAAUUCCCCUGCAGGUCUAGGUACCGGUGGACCACCAAGUCCAGCUCACAGCGACUCUGAUGCAUCAAGUUCCAGUCUCGAAUUAGGAUCGGUUAGACGAGGUGAAAAUGCUCAACUAAAAUGCAGAUGGACCAACUGUGGGCGAUGGUUUACAUCUUUGGAACAGCUUGCGGGUCAUGUGGCAAGGUUACACGCUGCACCUGGUCCUCGAGGACUUUUUUAUUGUGGAUGGGAAGGAUGCGCGCGCGGCGAACGCGGUUUCAACGCUAGGUACAAAAUGCUGGUUCACGUUCGCACGCAUACCAACGAGAAGCCCCACCACUGCUUCCAAUGUGACAAGAGUUUUAGUCGUGCUGAAAACCUGAAAAUCCACGCCAGGUCUCACACCGGGGAACGGCCUUACGUAUGUCCUGUCGAAGGAUGUAACAAGGCUUAUUCAAAUUCAUCAGACAGAUUUAAACACACGAGAACCCACGCAGUGGACAAACCGUAUUGCUGCAAAGUACCGGGAUGCCCAAAACGUUAUACGGAUCCAUCGUCCUUAAGAAAGCAUGUUAAAACUUACCGACACUACGUCAACAACAACAACGACAAACUCCAAGAAAAGAGUUACGAGGAACCUACUGUUCAAGAAAAAGUACAUUUCGAAACGCCGGAAAAACAAAGUGUACACUCAGAAUCCGAUAAGAAAGACUCUAGCAUAGAGAGUAGUUCCGGUUCGAGUCCAAAGGCCAGUAACAGUUUUGAGGAACAACGAAAGUUCGUAGAAUGGAACAACAUGUAUAACCUCAAAGAAACUCCGGAACUUCUAACACCUCCAAAAUAUGAACCCCAAGAGGUGAAGAUUUAUCCAAGGAUUUACGAUGAGAAUUAUAUUAUUCGUGAGAGGAUUCAAUCAACCCCCAGUUAUGUACAAAUUGUGAGUCAGGAGCCACCAUCGCCAAGAACAACUCCUCGUAUGCAAUCGACACCAAUAAAGAUGGAGGAACAUCCGGAUCCAGUGAUUAAGACGACGAGCACAGCCACUGUGGAUUAUCGAAACAUUGAUUCGAUAGUAAAUGGAACACCUUGUAAAAAGGAUAAUCCUGACCCAGUGAGGCAUUCUGUUAUUAAACGAGCAGAUAAUUUGAAGAUGGAGGUGGAGCCACCUAGAGAGGAGACCAAAGAGUCUGUGGAGUGUUGUUGCAGACACAAAUGUUGUGCCCACAGCAACGAUAAUAUUCUAGAAAAAACAAAGAUACUUUCGGACCUCAUACUCAAGGCGCAAAAUCCACUAUUUCGACAUCUACUUGGUUCGGUAGAUUUGCAAUAUGGAUUACAAAAUAUGUGGAGUAACAUGGCGGACAAUGCCAACACCUGCGGACAGGAUCUUCGAGUCAAGAGUAAUGAUGGUGUCACUGAUAUGGAGCAGGAACUUCCUCUGGACCUGACAAUUAACAAGUGAUCCACAGACCAAAUAUUAUUCUUAUUCAUAACGAGGUUUUCUUUCAUGCUCCGGGGUCUAGCGGGUCUAUAUCUUGGUUCGGCAUCCAAGUCUUUUGACACAGUCAGGCGAGUUAUUAGCUCAGUUUUCGUUACGGCUGAUGUAUUCGAAUUUUCGAAAUAAUCAACUUAAUUCCAUUGCAGGUAAUACUUUGUUACAGAAAAGAUCGAUGUAAAUUAGAUUGUACCUAACUCGCUUGAUUUUGUGCGUAAGAUGAGAAUCCGUUUCAAACGUUCUGAUGAGAUUGUAAAGCCAAAAAAUAUAUAUCUAUACUAUAUAUAUAUAUAUAUAUUGCAUUUUUUAAAUCGUUUCCAUACAAUCAAUCAGAACCAUUUUGUUAAUCAAAUACGAUUUGCUCAAUGUUAAGCCGUAGAUUGUACUUGCCUUAUUCUCUGUUUUUCAGUUCGAAUACUUGACGAGUGCCACAAUAGCCGUGUAAUUAAAAGAAAGUUUCAUUCGAAAUGACAAUGAUUCUCGAGAUUUCAAGAAGCGUUUUAAUAAUUUUACAGUACAACACUUUACCAUGUAAGAAUUUUUACAUGAAUCUUCGGUGUGCUGUGGUUAAUAUAUGUACUACACGGGAACUGAGAAUCUUGUUGAAGCAUGAGAAUCAUGUCAGUUUCGGUUAUGAAAAUAUGAUGGCCAUUAUAAAAUAGAUUGAGACAGCGAUAGAUAUAUCCGGUGGUAAUGGACUUGGGCUCCGUAGUACCGGUCGUACGCAUGUAAAUAAUAUAUUUGAAGAGGAAAAAAAAAAUGGAAAAAAAUGAUUUGUUUCCACGAGAAAUUUUCGAAUAUAUCCUUACGAAAAUUUAAGAAUGUUCAUGUGUUCCAUUCGAAUUUGUUCGCAAAGCCUGCACUGAAAUAUCCUCUUAUUUGCAUUUUGCAAGAUAAUGUUAUUUGCGUUCGUAAAAAAGAAAUGUUCUUCCGAAUAUAAUUUAUUGAUGUCAAAUCUAAAAGUCAAGGCUUUAGCAACAAAGUCGAGUAAAGGAUCUGCAAUCACUGAUUGUGCGCGUUUUCUAUUGCGUAAGAGAGGAACUAAAAAAGAUACGACCGGACCAAAAAAAAAAGGAAAAAGGCUGAUAAAAGACAUGAAUAAAUCGACGAAAAGAAAUGUAUAAUGACGUGAAGCUAUCCAAUAAAGUAUAUUAUUUAUAUGAAAAGAAA